CGCACGCUUAUAUAAUAAAAAAAAAGAAAAAAAAAACUACUCCAGUUUAGCCCCACUCCGCAGUGUCUCCCUCGGAUCCUCGAUUCCGGGAGGUCGUCCUCGUCCUCGUCCAUGGCGGCGGCGGCGGCGGCGAAGACGACGACGAGGCGGCGGCGGCGAGGGGUGCUGGACCUGGAGGCGCAGUUCGCCUUCUUCCGGUCGCAGCACCGGCACCCGGUGAACGCCGCGGCGCACGCGCUCCUCGCGUGGCCCAUCCUCUUCACCGGCCUCCUCGUCCUCCACUUCCUCCCCUCCCCGCCCGCGCUCCCGCUCGACCCGGCGCUCGCCCUCGCCCUCGCCUACGCCGCCGCCUACGUCGCGGCCGACCGCCGCGCGGGGGCGCUCGCGGGGCUCCUCCUCGCCGCCGGCUGGGCUGCCAGCCGCGCCCUCGCCGCGCGCCUCGGGUUCGCGCUCGCCUGGAAGGCCGCGCUCGCCACCCAGCUCUUCUGCUGGACCUGGCAGUUCCUCGGCCAUGGCCUCUUCGAGAAGAGAGGGCCGGCUGUGGGUGAUCUCCCUGAGGUGUUCUUGAUGGAGCCAUUCCUCAUCUUGUUGCAGAUACUCAACAAGCAGUUUGGCUAUGAGCCAUACCCAGGUUUCAGCAAGAAUGUGGACAAGAAAAUGGAGGCCAUUCUCAGGGAGAACAGGGAGGAGCUCAAGCAGAGGAAGGCCACCUGAUUGAUUUUGAUUCGGAAUCGAUUCGAGAGGAAGUGUUACACAUGUAGAACUUAGCAUCUUUCGAUUAUUACCUACGACGAUUCGUGUUGAUCAUGUAGUCAUACAGUAAAACCCGAACUGUCUGAAUAUGAUUGUGAUGGUGUUGUUUGAGGCUUGCUCUGCCGAUUGCUAGGAACAAUAUACAAGAUGCAGAGAUAUGUUAUAAAUCCUACGCAAAUGCGGGCAUAUUCAGAUUUGCAAGUCCAAAUGUUCACAGCGAGGUUACUCUUCGGCAGAGCAUUUCGCCAAACAGCUCAGGAACACCACUGCAGCAUGUCUUGCAUUGCUCGAUCUCGUUUUAGCAUUUUGUACUGAUUGUGUCGUUUGUAUGCAUGAUGUUUCGAUGUGAUAUGUAAAUUACUGAACUAGCGGUUGCGCUGCUGCUGUUUGUAAAAAACUUCCGCCUGUUCAUAUUCAUAAUCUCCGCAAUUUCAAUA